GCGGCGCUUGCGCAUCGCCUUUCUUUUCGGAUUCCCGGCGAGGCUGCUACUGUGGUCCUGAGCGUGUCGCCCGGGCCGUCGCCAUGGUGAAGCUGAGCAAAGAGGCGAAGCAGAGGCUGCAGCAGCUUUUCAAGGGAGGCCAGUUUGCCAUCCGCUGGGGCUUUAUUCCUCUCGUGAUUUACCUGGGAUUUAAGAGGGGUGCAGAUCCUGGAAUGCCUGAACCAACUGUUCUGAGUUAUUUCCAUAGGGAAACAGUACCUUAGAAAACACUAUCAGAGAUGGGACUACCUGGUCAAGCUGUGUGAACAUUUUCCAAGCACUGAAAGUUAUCGUCAAAUACUUCUUCCCAAGAGGCCAUUAACCUUUCUAAGAUGAAACGUUUCCUCUUUUAUAAGUUGGGCAUAAUACCUGCUUUAUAAAGUUGCCAUGAGGAUUGAAUAAGAAUGUUGAAUGUAAAAUAUUAACAGUCCUUGACAAGUAAUGUAUGAGCAAUAAACUAUUAAUAAAAUUUUUUAAUCCUUUUCUCUGUCGUCUCCUUUAACCCACUUCUUUCUCCUGUGAGAACUCUGCUCUAGCUACACGAUACUGCACACUAAUCCCAGAAUAAACUGUUUUUUUCAUGCCUUUGUUUGCUUAUUCUCCCUCAGCCUGGAAUGCUUCUUCCUCUCAGUUUCCACUAGUCUAGAAAAGCCCAAUCUCAAAUGUCAUCUCUUCCCUGAAUCUUCUCCCACUUCUCCUAACUGAAAUUGCUCCAUUUUUUGUGUUCCUGUAGUAGUCUUUUUUUUUUUUUUUUUUUUUUUGGCACACGGGCUUAGUUGCUCUGCCGCAUGUGGGAUCUUCCUGGAGCUGGGAUCGAACCCGUGACCUCUGCAUUGGCAGGCGGAUUCUUAACCACUGCGCCACCUAGGAAGCCCCCUGUGGUAUUCUUUUGUGUCCGUCAUUCUCUGCCUUGUUGCUUAUUUGCGUUCUGUUUUGCCCUGUAAGUACCUAAAGUAGCUGCCAACUACUUUGGCAACAUGUUUUAAGUGUUGAAUGAACUUAAUUGAAUGAUCCUAACCUCUUGGUGAUCUUGGUACAGGAAUUGAUACAGCAUUUCCUCCUGUACAGUGUUUAGACUGGAUCUGCCUGCUGAGAAAUAGCAUUUUUUUGUGCCCCAGGUGAUCCAGGGUCCAGAGGUGGGGAUAGGUGUGCCCUUUUGUAAUAUUGGCCUCAGUUAUCCCACCAAGAGGUGACCCUUCAAAGUUGCAGACUAUUUGAAGCAGCCACCCCCUGCUUUUCUUUCUUCACCUUAUGUCAUCUCAGUGCUCCUGUCAUUACUGGUGCUGGUGAUCAUUCUGUUCUGUCAUUGGGGACAUUUUCUGGUUUCUCUCCAGGGGUAUUUGUGAUUUAGGAAGGAACUGAGGAGUGUUGAUGAGAGUUAUCCCAUUAUAGAAUUUCACAUACUGUGCUGCUUGCACUGGAGAGACUUGACUAAGAGGUCUUCCUGGGUUGCCUAGUCUAUACCCUGAAAGGAAUAGACUUGUAUCUGCCAGGGUUUUUAGUAAUAUAAAUGUGUUAUUAAUACAAAACUUACUCAGCAAUAUAAAGUUUAUUGUUUAUGUAUAAAUUUAUUUGUGUAUUCCUUAUGGAGGUAAUAUGGUUCACGGUUUACUGGUCUGUUUCCCCUUGUUAAGUUGUUGGAUUCCUUGGGAUCAGGUCCCCAUUCGUCUUAGUGUUCUCCUCUUUCACCAAGGAUGGUGCGCUGUAUGUGGUUGGUUGAUGUGAAUGCCUUAUUCAAAAUGCAGAAUUUAGUGAAUAAGGGGCAAUAUCUUAGUAAAACAUUAUUGAGGCAAAAUAUAUGAAUACUAAGUAACUGAGAGAAUGAUUGUUCCCAUUAUCUAUAUAAGGCCGAGGAAGAUUUUCUUUUCUCUUUAUCUUAGAUGCUGAUUACCAGUGAGGAAGAGACCUUGAUAAAUGAAUAAUCUGUUUUCAUAUCUUAGCAAAAAUACUUGGGGUUUUAAUACACUUUUGAAAAUUGGAAAUAGAUGUAUGUUGGUUUGUUUUACAUGCAAAGGAAAAAUACUUUCUAAAAAUAAACUUAGGAUGCUCAGAUUGUCAUUUUGUAAUGCAGUUUUAUUUGACAUACUACUAGAAACUACAUUUUUAAUCAGCAGGACUUAGAAAUAAAACACCUUUUGUCUCCUUCCUGGCUUUAAUAAUGAUAUAGCUUUAUUUUCUGGGUUCAUCAGUCCUUGUUAAUCUUUUGAUUGACCUCAAUGUAUGUUUUCCUUUUUGUUUAUAAUAGGUAACUACAAUAAAAAGUAAUAAAACUGUGUUUCUUUAAAUAGGUCUCUGAUUUUUUUUGCUCAAUGAGACUGAUCCUUCUGCUAACUCUGAAUUUGAUAGAUGAGUAAACACAAACAUAAAUGUAUAAAAUCUCCUAGUUCUUAAGCUAUGUUUAAGAAGUUUUUGCUUUGGGGUUUAAUUUGUUUUUCCUCUUCAC